CCUCACGUGGCCCAAGGGGAACUCACAACAGCAGCCAAGCCACUGGCUCUACUCCCAGAGCUCAGCGGAAGAGUCUGGACAGCACAGCCAGGGUCUGGAGAGGCCGUGUGGGGUCCGAGCCGCGGCCGCCGAGGGACGGAAGGGCCCGCUUUCCCCGACCCUCCGACGAUUCCCGAGGAACAGCCCCUCCUUAACAGUAGUGUACAUGUGCCCAGGACACCUCGGGCCCGUUCAGGACAACGUAGAGUCCUCAGGGACUACCCCGGGGUCCCGAGGAAAACGAAGGGUCAUCAGGGGCCACCUCGGAGCCGCGCCGGUGGUUGUAGGCGCCGGACCCGGCGCCACAGGCGGCCCGCUGCGAACUGCCUGCGCGCGCCCUACCCACCACAGAGGGCGCUUGGUCGGCCGUCGGUCGGAAGUACGGCGAGAUCGCAGUCGGGUUGUGCAGCUCUGGUCCCCCAGCACUUGUUUUGGCUCAGGCCGGGGGCUAGUUGCCCGAACUGUCGCAGGCAGAGUGGGAGCGCGAGGCCGAGCUCAAGAGCCGCCAGCUCAGGGAACGUCAUGGGUUUCCUGACCGCAGUGACUCAAGGCUUGGUGCGGGGAGCAGACAGGAUGAGCAAGUGGACCAGUAAACGAGGGCCGCGCACCUUUAACAAGGGACGGGGCGCCAAGGGCACAGGCAUCCGUGCCUCAGGCUGGAAGUUUGUGCAGAUAAAGGAAAAGGUCCCAGAAUUUGUUGUCCCAGACUUGACUGGCUUCAAGCUCAAGCCCUAUGUGAACUACCGAGCUCCUGCAGGCACAGACACACCACUCACUGCCAAAGCACUCUUCCUGGAAACAGUUGCACCUGCUAUCCAAAAGGACUUUAAAGAAGGCACUUUCAGUCCUGACAACCUGGAAAAGUACGGCUUUGAGCCCACACAGGAGGGCAAGCUCUUCCAGCUGUAUCCCAAGAACUUCCCACGUUAGAAACUUGGAACUAGAGGCUGCUCUGACCCAGCCUGGGAUCUUGAGUUCCUGGAGGAGUAGGGGGCAGUUUCUCCAUCCCGUUUCUAUUAAAAGCUUGCUACUUGGGCUGGGGCUGUAGCUCAGUGGUAGAGCACUUGCCUAGCA